UCUUAUAUGAACCGGCUACGGCACUCGUCAAGAAGUGGCUGGUUCUCUGAUGGAGGUGGUUGCUGAUAAACAGAGCUCAGCGCGUUCCGUGGUGUUUUUUUUUUUACGAUUCCGCGACGCCGGCUCAUUUGCGUCGAUAUUGCGGUACGGUUAGCAUCUCCAAAGACGACGACGACGACGACGGCGGCAACGGUAACGACGCGAUGUUGUGCCAAACUGUGGAAAAUCUGCUGGCUUAAGUCGGUGGUGGAACUCUUGGCGUGCGCGCGUGCGCUCUGGAUCGUGUAAUCGAAAUCGAAAGUUCGCACCGAUUGGAUAAGACCAUGCGGCUAGUGCGGGCCGCUCUGGUGGCGUUAGUUUUCCUCGGGAGUGAAGUUCUGGCCGCUCCGGCUGCGGCGGGCGUCGGGUGCUGUACCGAUUGGGGCUGGGAACGGGACGGCAUCGAUCCGCUGAAGUCGGAGGACUCCUUCAGCGAUGACCUCAGUCGAACGAAGCGAAAGUUCAAACCGGAAGACAUGCUGGCAGCGAACGUGGUCCUGACAAAGGCGUUACAACCGAAAAAGCAACAACGCCCCAAAACGGCACCGGCGAAGUCGCAGAAGCAAGCCCGCCAGGCACCGCCGGACGACGCGGAGAACGACAUUGACUCGUUCGACGAGAACCCCAGCUUCGGACAGGGUGAGAAAGUGUCGCUGAAAAUCCCCGACAAGCUGUUCGGUAACGCGACCAACGUGGUGCUGGCGGUGGCGAAGAUCUUCGGCGACUUUAUUACCAAUACUGCCAUCCGGUCAGCGCGAUUCCUACAGUUGUUCCAACCAUUGUUCGGACGCAAUCUAAAGAUACAGAUUCCGACGACCACAACCGAGUCGAAUGAAGUUUGAGAUUUUUACUAUCCUAAGUAUUCGUUACAUAAUUGUUUUGUUAUCUAUACAAGAGAUCUAUUUUAUCUACACUUAGCUUAAGAGGACUGUGUCAUCAUUCGGCUGAAAACGUGUGAUCUUUUUAUUCGAUAUAUUCUGGACGAUAUUUAAUAAAAUGAUCUAGCUAUUAGGCGUGGUUUUUCGUUAGGUUUUAUCCAA